AGUCAGAGCAAGUGCAGGCUGUCAGUGUCAGGAGGGUUUCAGUGGAGUCAGGCUGUGUUGCACUCAGACCAGACUCUGGAAAGCAGAAGCAGCUGCGCAAACCUUCCUUUCAACCUCAGGACUGAAAGACCUAAAGGACUGUCUGUUCCUACACCUCUCUGCCACCUACUUUCUAAGGCCAAGAGGAAAAAAGGGAUUUAAGAUCAACAAACGCUGAGCUGAUAUUUCUCUCUGACUCUCUCUUCCUACUUCCCUCUUUAUUUUUGUCUUGCAAAAACCCUCCUGCACAGAUGAGAGAUAAUCACAGCCUCCUCUGAGGAAACCAAAGAAAAGGAGGGAUCAAAAUAAACGACAACAACAUCAACAGAGAUACCCAGCGGCCUGCGUGUGGUCGUCCGACUGUUCCUGCUGCACUGUGUCCCUGAGGAGGGAUACUAAUGCGUGUGGCAUCGCAGUACUCCGGGUCAGUGGAGAAUGAGUCCAGCCAUGGAGGCUCAGACCAUGCAGGCCAAGCAGCAGCAGAUGCAGCAGCAGCUACAACACUAUCUGGAGAAAGGGGUCCCGCUUGAGCCCUUCAUGCACCAGGUGGGGGGCCACUGCUGCGUGCUCCGUUUCGGGGAACAGACCAUCUGCAAGCCCCUCAUCCCCCGCGAGCACCAGUUCUACAAGAGCCUACCCAGCGCCAUGAGGAAGUUCACCCCCCAGUACAGAGGUGUGGUAUCUGUGAGUUUUGAGGAGGAUGAGGAGGGCAACCUGUGUCUCAUAGCGUACCCCCUGCAAAGUGACUCUGGGGUGGGGGACCUGGAGAAUAUAGACCCGUCGGUCAAUGGUGAGCCCAACAGCAAGAUGCUGCAGUGGGGCAUGAAGCAGCUGUCUGCCCAGAGUCUGCUGGACUCACGCAAAGACAAGGACAAGAGUCAUAAGCCUGAGGGGGAGGUGCUGGAGAUGGAGCUGGAGUGGCUGCAGCAGGAGGAGGUGCCUCUGGGACGCAGCAACGCCAUCCAACACAACCCCUGGAGACUCAAACUCCAACAAAAACACCUGCAGAGGAUGAAGGAGAACGCCAAGCACCGCAACCAGUACAAAUUCAUCCUGCUGGAGAACCUGACGUGGCGUCAAACGGUUCCGUGCGUGCUGGACCUGAAGAUGGGCACACGGCAGCAUGGUGACAACGUGUCCGAGGAGAAGAAGGUCAUGCAAAUCCGCAAGUGCCAGCAAAGCACCUCUGCCUCCAUUGGAGUACGCCUCUGUGGCAUGCAGGUGUACCAGUCAGACUCUGGUCAGCUCAUGUUCAUGGAUAAGUACAUUGGGCGUAAACUGACCCUGUCGGGCUUCAAGGAGGCUCUGUUCCAGUUCUUCCAUGACGGGAGGCGUCUGCGGCGCGAGCUGCUCUCCCCGGUGCUGCGGAGGCUCAGGGAGAUGCAGGCGGCCCUCGAGUGCUGUGAGUCCUACCGUUUCUAUUCCUCCUCCCUGCUCAUCAUCUACGACGGUGAGCCGCCCCGCACACACCCAUGCAGAGGCCCCGAGGGCGGUCUGUCUGAGGAGGAGGAAGAGGAGGAAGGGGAGAAAGAUGAAGAGGCAAGUGCGUUCGGGUUGCCCCGCAGCAGUAGCAGUAGUAGUGGUAGCACUGGUGGUGGACGCCUGGCAGUCCGAUCUGAUACAGGCCCUGGGCUGGCGGUGGACGUGAGGAUGAUUGACUUUGCCCACACCACGUGCCCUGACUAUGUGGAGGACAGUGUGGUGCAUGAGGGCCAGGACAGUGGCUACAUCUUCGGUCUGCAGAACCUCAUCACUAUCAUAUCCCAGCUGGAGGACCACAGCACAGACUUAAACACACACAUAGUCUAGUCUCUCUUCUCUCUUUUGGAAUCAUAGAAGAAACAUCACACUGGACUACAGAGGCUGACCAUAGGGGCACACUGAACAUUGCUGUAGCCAGUUUUUCCACAGGAGUCCUUCAUUCUCUUCUUUGUGUUUACUUUGGAUGUUUUUGUUUGUGUCCGUAAUACAUUUGCAAUCUUUUCUUUAGCUGACUCAGGUAGUUGUCGCCCUUAUAUGAUAGCAAUUAGAUUACAUACAGAGGCUAUAUAGAUCUUUAUUUAUUUGACAUGUUUCAUUAAUAAAAUAAAAAUGAAAAAGUGAAUGAAGAUAUAAAGACUACAUUGUACGUUAUUAAUGUUAUAAUAUUAAUAUUAAUUAAUAUUGUUAUUUGACAUGUUCAGGUACCUCUCUCUAUCUAUUACCUGUAUUGUCCACAGUUUGUUGGAAGGUAAAUAAAUACUUUUUUGG